UCUUGGACUGACUGGUCACCUUGCACAGUCUCUUGUGGACCUGGGGUUCAACAUAGAUAUCUACAGUGCUUACCAAACGCCUUUAAUUGUUAUGGAAAUCAAAAGCAGUAUAAAGCUUGUAAUGUCAAAGCGUGCGAGGGAAAGGGACACGAUUACCGACAAAGUGAAUGUAGAAAGCAAAACUCCCGAAAAUACAGGGGCAGAUUCUUCCAAUGGGAAAAACAUAUAGAUCCCUCUCGUCGGUGCUCCUUGAUGUGUAGAGCUGUGUACUAUGGGUUUUAUGCUAUGUUUAGUGGACAAGUCAGGGACGGAGUACCGUGUGAUGAUAAGUCCACAGACAGAGUCUGCAUACAAGGACGCUGUAUUAAAGUUGGUUGUGAUGGAAUUGUGGGAUCCGGUGCAGUGGUGGACCGGUGUGGUGUCUGUAAUGGGAACAACCGGGAUUGUCAGACCAUCUCCGGGAUCUACACCAGGGCCUCACUCCCGUAUGGUUACAACCUCAUCACCCGAAUCCCAGAGGGGGCGUGUAACAUCAACAUCACAGAGCUGGGAACCAGCAGGAAUUACUUAGCAUUGAGACUUCAGAAUGGAAGUUACAUCACAAAUGGUCGUCGGCGCCUGAGCAGAGUGGGGGAGUAUGAGGCGGCGGGGACGACCUUCACCUACAGAAAAAGAGAGGGGGUGGGGUGUCCAGGGGAGUGUGUCAGGGCCAAGGGUCCAGUGAAUCAAACCAUUGAUGUACAGUUGCUGUACUACAGAAAUAGUCCCGGUAUUCUGUACCAGUUCACAGUUCCUAAACACAUGACAAAGGCAGCAAUGGCAGCCAUCAUUCCAAGACUGAAGACAGGGCACCAGUUUAACCAGGCUGUAGAUCAACCGGUGGCAGAUAGCAGCGGGCAACCAGUUUAUCAGACAGGGUACGAAAACAUCCCCACGGGCAGUGGGGGUUAUCCUCUGCCCAAGAGCUAUAGACCCAGGAUCAUUCCAAAAAUGAGGACCUCCGUGCAGUCUCCUCCCCGAUACAUUCCUUACGAAGACGUGAAGCCCGAACUUCAGAGUUUGACCUUAGGUCAAGGCAGAAAUCUGAGCGAGUCACAGUACCAUCUUUAUUCCUCUUACUAUGGACCAUAUCGUUCAAACCAGGCUGUGUCUGGAGAUUAUGGCAGAAGGUACGCGACAAGUCCAAUAGGAGAGGCUCGGGAGAAUGCAAUCAGUCUGGGGAAUUCCGUACAAUAUAAUAACAUGUUGGACAAUAAACCUCGUCUUUCUGCCAAUAAUAUUCCUGAUCCUACGCUUUAUGAAUGGAGGAUUGUGGGAUUUACGGAAUGUUCCCUAACCUGUGGGAGAGGGGUACAGCAGACUAAGGUGGUGUGUGUGAAGAAGGAUAGAAACCUGAUUGUGACUCAUGAUAACUGUGUACCCAGCGCUCGCCCCGCCAUACAGACCAUUGAAUGUAACACCAGAAUCUGUCCGCCUGGAUGGGACAUAGGUAACUGGUCAGACUGCAGUGUGUCCUGUGGGAGGGGCAUGCAGACCCGCCCCGUGGUGUGUGUACAGAGGAUUUCCUCCUCCUCCAGGUUAGACGUACAGUCCAGCAAGUGCCCCUCCCCCCGACCAGAGUCCUCACGGUCCUGUAUGAAUAAACCAUGUGCUGAAUGGAAGAUAGGGGAAUGGCAAAAGUGUUCCAGUGUGUGUGGGAAGGGGGAGAGGAGACGUACAGUGGUCUGUCAGAGUGUGGAGGGACAGAAUGUCACAGGUGACCGGUGUGAGAUCAACAAGCCUCCGGACACCCAGACCUGUGAUAUGGGGUCAUGUGCCCAGGGCUGGUUCCACAGCCAGUGGUCAAGGAAGUGCUACCCAUCCUGUGGGAGAGGCCACCGCAGUAGAACGGUUUACUGCUCUGCCCCCGACGGAGCCCAGAUGUCAGAGGCCAAAUGUCAGACAAGGAAACCCAAACAGAAAAGGCCCUGUCGCAACAAGAGACCUUGUGGAGGAUACUGGUUCGCAGGGCCCUGGUCAGAGUGUUCAUCAACCUGUGGGUCUGGCAAGAAGGAGAGAAGUGUCAUAUGUGUGAAGAAGCUGGACAAAAAAUUAUUCACCAUUGUGGGUAAAGAAAACUGUCGAGGGAGGGACAAACCCAAAACAGAGGCUCCUUGUGAGCAGUUACCUCCCUGUCAGCCAUCUUGGUUCAUGACCCCCUGGUCAAAGUGCUCUGCUAGUUGUGGUACAGGCACCAAGACCCGCGAGAUUCGCUGUAUGGACCCAGACCUAGCGCCCAGUUCUACAUGUCCCGCAAACAAAAAACCUAGUCAGCGUAAUAUCUGUAACACACAGCCAUGUCCAGACGAAAGUAUUCAGCAAGAUCCCAGCUGUAAGGAUGGAUACAAAUUCUGUCAACUUGCUGGACCAGCCAGACUUUGUUCUUAUCCGUUUUACCAAGAAAAUUGCUGUUCCUCCUGUCAAGCAUAUCAACACAGAAAAACGAAAGAAAAACCAUAAACUCUUCUAAAUAUAGUCUUAAUUUUACUUGAAAUACUUUAAAAGUAUACUAAGUAGGGUAAUAGGUCUGUGAUCUUAAAGAUCAAGAAUCCCUUUGUUGGCUGUAGAGCUGCAGCUCAUCAGAGAUGACAAAACAAUUGGUGCACAGACAAAGGGAGAGAACUGCUUUAAAUUUACGAGGACUGGAAAUCUCAUGUACAAGAUAGAAUCUGUAUGACUUAGGACUCUUUGAAUAGUGACUCAGAGUAAGAAAAAAUUGUACUGUUAUGGGUACUCUAGAAAAAUGGCAGAAUUAGUGCUUGAAAUCUGUGACUUUUUUGUUGUUUUUUAUAUUCCUAUGUUUUUUUGUUUGCAAGUGUGGAUGAAAGAGAUGAAAAAAGUUGCAUAGCAUUACUUGGAAUUGUUGAUAAUGCUGAGAGUUUUGUAAUUUUACAAGUGAGUAUGAGAGAAUGUAAUGAUGUGUGAGAAUUAUUUAUGUUUUGUAUAAUGUUUUUGAAGUAUUAUUAUAUACAUUUAUACUAAUUAUUGUUGCAGCAGCUUAUAUUUGUAAAUCCACAAUCAAGUAUGGAGAUUUUACAUGGUUGUAAUUUGCUAUUCACCAAGACCAAAGCAUUUUAUCAUAAAUUUGAUUUUAAACUUUA